AUGAUUACUCUCGAUAGUAGUGCUACUCAGGAUAAUAAUAAUACAUCUACUACAGAUGAUCUUAAAUUAAGACAAAAUAAGGAAUCAAAUGAUAAUAAGCCAGCUGAACUCCCAAAUGCCUUGAAAAUUAAUGAUACAGAUCCUAAAAGAGUUAAAGUAUAUAUAUUAGAAGACAAUGAAUGGAAAGAUACUGGUACUGGGUUCUGUACUGGUAAAAUUAAACAAAUAAUAAACUCUAUUUCUGAAAAGCCAUCUAAUGAUAAAUCUUCUGAUAUAGCUCCACUGGAUCAAGUAGUCUAUGAAGCUUAUUUGAUAGUAACUAAUGAAGAUAUACCAGACCAAAUUCUGUUGGAAUCUAGAUUGGAAGGAAAUGUUGAAUAUCAAAAGCAAGAAGAAACUCUUAUUGUUUGGAAAGAUAUCAAAGGUGAAGAUAUUGCAUUAAGCUUUGAGGAAAGUGCUGGAUGUGAUGCGAUUUGUAAUUUUCUUGUUCAAGUUCAACGUAAUUUGAAAAGAAGUAUUUCUUUAGUGGCAGUGAGAUCAAGCGAUUCUGGAAUGGGUUCGGCACAUGAAAUUAUUGCAGGGCCUGUAUCAUUACCUUCAAUUGAUUCAAACCAAGACACAGCAACUUUAAUGGAUUCUCUUAAGAUAUUAAAUGAAAAUAUUAGUUAUGAAUAUUUGAAAAAUGAAACAAUUGAAUUUAUUUUUAAAUCAAAUUACGUGGAUCUUCUAAUAAAUAUUUUUCAUAAGGCUGAAAAGGAAAACUUGUUGAAAGAUUUAUUGUUACUGAGCAGUAUAAUAAAAACAUUAAUUUUAUACAAUAACAGAGAAAUCAUUGAAUCAUUAGUAGAAGACAACCAUAUUAUUGGUAUUAUUGGGAUAUUGGAAUAUGAUACAGAAUUUUCCACUAUGAAAGCUAAUCAUAGAGAUUAUUUGAAGAAAAGGGGACCAAUCUUUAAGGAAGUUCUUCCUGUUGAAAAUAAUGAGUUGAAGGAGAUCAUAAAAAAAUGCUUUAGACUACAAUUUUUGAAAGAUGUGGUGUUAGUGAGAUUUUUUGAUGAUAAUAAUAUUAAUUUAAUAUUAGAUAUCAUUAUUGAUUUUGAGACAUGUAUUAUAAAUUUUUUGCAAACAGAUCCAUUUCUAUGCAAGAUUAUCAAUUUAUAUGAAAUUGAAGGUAGUUCUGCAACGAAUAUUUUGAAUUCAACUAUGGCUAGUGAUGAUGAUAAUGAAAUGAAAGAAAAAAGACGUAAUGGAAUAAAACUGUUACAUCAAUGUAUUCAGAUGUCAAAAAAUUUAGAAUUAAGUGAUAAAACAAAAUUUUAUAAAUUUUUAAUUGAAAAAGAUUUCUUUAAUGUACUGCAAUAUGCGUUUAAUACAGAAACUGAUAGUAGUAUUAGAAUAAUGGCCACCGAUAUGAUUAUAACAAUAAUAGAACAUGACAUAUUGUUGAUUCAAAAUGUUCAACAUGAAAAAUCUAGUAAUAAUGAUAUUUCUUCUGUUGACCAAACUUACUACUACUACGCGACUAGGAAGGGAAAUAAUGAUACUUUGGAGAAACAAACAGAGGAUAUGAAACUUUUGUCUAUCUUGGCUACUAUAUUAUUAACAGAUAAAUCACCUGGACUUCGUGAACAAGUCGUUCAGGCAUUUAAUACUUUGUUACAUCCAGAUGGAUAUCUAAAUGGGAAUACAGAAGGUGAAUAUGACUCAGAUGGUAUGUUGAGCAAUUUCAAUUUCAGUUCAUUGAUGGAACAUGAAGAAUAUACUAAUGAUAAUGGUGAUACAGAUCAAAAUAACUGGUUUAAUUCUAAUAGUGAUUUAAACAAAGAUUUAGGAAACAGUGACAAUAAUAAUAUUCAGUUAAAACGUUAUUUUAAAAAUUUUUAUGAUCAAAUAGCUCUAAAGUUAUUUUCUCCAUUGAUUAUGGAUACAAACACCGCAAAUACUGAUCAUAAUGACAAUAAUGACAAUGAUAACAAUAAUAAUAAACAAGAAUGUGAUGAUUAUUUGUUGAUACAUAUAGUUAAACUUUUAUCAUUUAUUGCUACGGAACAUAAUCGUAUUAUUUCAAGGAAAUUCAUUUUAGAGAAUGGAAUUCUUACUAAUAUAAGCAAACUUAUCAAGUCAACCCAUAUUCUACAACUAAGAUUGACUGCGGUACGAACGAUAAAGAAUAUAAUAUCGUUAAAUGAUAAAUAUUAUAAUCGUUUCAUGAUAACGAACAAUUUAUUUGAUCCAAUUUUUGAUUUAUUGAAAGAGAAUCUUGAUAAAGAUAAUUUAGCUAAUUCGUGUAUUCAAGAUCUAUUUAAGAUUAUAGCUAAAAAUUGUGAUGUGAAUAAUGAAGCACGGUCUAAUUUCAAUAUACUGAGUAACUAUCUGGUUGGAAGAUUUAAAGAUAUUUUGAAUGAGAUUGACUAUCUGCCAUUUAUUAAAGCAUUAUUGUCUCAACGUAAUGUUGCAACUAUACCAAAUGAAAGCAUUAAGAAAAGGAGUAAUACUACUGACAAUGAAUCAUAUGGAGAGGAACCACAAGAUCUUGAAAUGAAUCAAGUUGAUAUGGUUCUUGGGUUGAAUCAAAAUGGGAAAAGAUUAUUUUCACAAGUAUAA